CCAAAAAGUGAGGUUUUGACAAUGAAGUGACUAUCUAUGUCCCCAAUCUAUAACUCAUAUCAGACAACAAUAUACCCAUAAUAUAUAGCACUCAAAAUCAAACAAAAGCGACAUAAUGAAGCUUCAAUGUUUGCUUAAACCAUUGAAACAUGGUUUUAAAAUCAUUUCUUCACCUAGGUUUCAAGCAUAUUUAGCAACUGGUAUCAUUGGUGUUGCUGGUUUGAUUGUUGCCUAUAAAGAUGACAGAGGAAUAGCGCGUUUCGAUCAAUUUAUGCUCUCUUUGUCGUCGGAAUCGCCGCCGGAGAGAGAAUCUUUGCCGGAAAAGUUGUGGGUCCCUGGUUUGCAAAAUCUUGGUAACAAUUGUUUCUUAAAUGUAGUUUUGCAGGCUUUGGCUAGCUGUUCUUCUUUUUUGAGUUCUCUCCAAAAGAUUGUGGAGGAGUUUGAAGUUUCAUCUGAGGGGGAAGAAACUAGGGAUAUGCCACUUGCAGUUUCAUUGAAUGCUUUAUUGCAAGAACUCUCUAUCGUUCGGUAUAAAGGCAAAGUAUUAAGUCCACGAAAAGUGAUGCUUGCAAUGUCUCAAUAUACACCAAACUUCAAUUUGACGAGUCAACAGGAUGCGGAAGAAGCAUUAGCUCACAUGUUAUCUUCUUUAAGAGAAGAAUGCUCAGAAUAUUUUGCUUCAUACCAAAGUUCGCUAGCUGUUGCAACUAACUUGGGUAGCCGUAUUCUUACUCUAGAGAGGAGGGUCAAGCUUAAUGAGCUAGACAGAUGGACCCAGAUCUUUCUUGGGCCAUUUAAUGGAAUCGUUGGCAGCAUUUUAACUUGCCAAAGCUGUUCGUUUCAGAUUUCUCUGGAAUUUCAGUUCUUCAAUUGCUUGUACCUUUCACCACCUACAUAUGAUGGUGGUAGCUCUAUUAUACCAGGAUGCUCCAUAAGCGAUUGCCUGAAGAAUUUUUUUGCUGCAGAACGGGUUGAAAACUACUUUUGCACUCACUGCUGGCAUACUACCGCCUUGAAAUAUCUAUCUAUGCUAAAUAAGGAUGAGAAAAGUAUUGAAAAACUUCAAAGCUGUAGCAAGCAAGAUACAUGUGACUGCGGAAAUAUAUCAUCUCUUGGAUCAUUACCUUGGUCAAACAAGUAUUCUCAUACUUUCAAGCAAUUACAUAUUGCACGUAGCCCAAAGAUCUUGUGCCUUAACUUACAACGUGCUUCUGUUAAUAUGUUUGGGGAGCUAAUCAAACUCAAGGGUCAUAUCUCUUUUCCUGUGACUUUGAAUAUGUCAUCGUUCAAAAAGCAAGGAGUUGACAUUAAACAUUCUGAGCAGAAGUUGCCAAUUAAUCAACUUGUACAACAAAACCUGCAGCCGAUUCGUUAUUCUGAUCUUUCAAGAUUACAAAUGAACAGAUACCCUUUGGAUCACAAAUACAAGCAACCUUUAGAAGAGGUUCUUGGUGACACGGAAAUUCGAGAGGAACAUACUACAUAUAAUACUGCACAUCAAGAUAACGAGGUGCUUGAGAGUUGGAACUUGACACCGAACGAGCAUCAUACAUACAAACUUGUUUCUGUUGUGGAGCACUUUGGGAAUACUGGAAGUGGUCAUUACACGGUCUACAGAAGGGUAAUUAACACUGAACUUGAUGGGACAUCAGAAUCUAGUCAUGUGAAUUGGGUUGGAGUUUCGGAUAGCAAAGUUUACAGGGUCUCGGAGGAAGAUGUUCUUGCUGCAAAGGCUAGCUUACUUUUCUAUGAAAGAGUUUCAGAAAGGGAUUCAACGAUGUAGUUACUUUGUUAAUUAUCAACAGAAUUAGUGAUCCAUCUAGUUUAACAGAAAGCGCAUGAAACAAAAAGCUUGAAAGGCUCAUCAUCUUCUUGCUAAUUUUUUGAAAAUAUUAUGUAAAUGAUUAUUGAUGUGCAGAUCGCUUAUUUUGGGUCUAUGUAAAUUUCCUGGCACUGGCUUUACAAGCACUUCUUUUUAUGGCCUUUUUGUAAUGUAAUUUUCUACUUUUGAGUUUUGAACA